AUGAAACCAACAACAACCACACCACAACCAUCACUUUUGUGCCUAAUGCAUCCAGAGGAUAAAAUCUGCCAACAGCAGAAUUUUAAUUUCCAACCUGUAUUUGCGUCGAACUAUAAAGAACCCGUUCGAAAAUCGCCCUUAGCUUCUUCUUCUUCUUCUGAAUCUGAACCGGCUCUUGAAAUUGAAGAGAUUGAUGAUUCUGAUGAGGAUUUAGACGAAGAUGAAGGUGGAGAUGAAGAGGUUGAGAAUCAGAAAAAUGGAAGAAGUACUGGUAAUAUUUUGGGGGAACGUUUAUUGAAUAUUGACUAUGAGUUGUGACGUGGGAAAAUUCUAGAGAUCGUGAUUUUCGAUUUUUGAAGAGAAUUUGUAAUAUCGGUAUUUAUCCCAUUACCCGAAUACCAAAAAAUAAGUUCAAGAAAUCAUUCGUUCUUUCUCCACUUCACUUAACUUCAUUUUUUUUCAGGUUUCUUCUCGCCGGUUUUACCAACUGCAACCGAACCAGUCACAACUACAACUUUUCUCAAAACCACUACAAGUGAGUUCUUUUUCUCCUCCCGAUUUUAAAUUCCAGAUUUUUCUGAAAACUAACAGCAUAACUUCACACACACAGUACACACAUGUUUUUCCUCGAAACCUCUUUCUUUUCGCAAAAAAACUAACUUCUAUUCAUUUUUUUAAUCUAUAGCAUCUACUACCACAACUACAGUAUCUACUUCUCCUCCUUCUACAUCCACAAUCAUAACGAGCACCAAAAAAAUGAGAACAACACCAUCAACAGUACCUGUUUUUGAAUUGUCUCUAAUCACAGAUGAGCCAAAUCCACAAGAAGGCUCAGCUGAUGAUUUAUUUGGUGAACCAGAACCAAUUGGUUCUACAACAACUAAAAAAGUUGCGACAACUCUGAAAAAAGUGACAGUUUUGCCUAGACCGUAUUCUAGUAUUCAAGAAGCGGCUGAGAAAAAUCCAGAUUAUCUUGGAUCGAGUAUUUGGAGUCAGGCGGAAGAAUUACCUGAACCACAAGUAACUGGGCCAGCUUGGAGAACUAAUAAAACUGGAAGAACAACAGUUGCGAUGAAAACAACGACAACAACCACGUCGACAACUUCGAAACCGACUACUUUUUAUGGUGAGAUUUCGAAAGAUGGAAUGUGGAAUGACUGACUGGAUUUUUGAUUUGAUUUCGCUUUUUCUCACCUUUUUUGCAGUGUGUUUUCUUGUUGUUCGUUUCAUUGAAAAUGUGUGUAGAAUUCAUUUGGCGGAGAAUUCAGAGCUUGGAAAAUUUAUUUUUUAGAAGAACUCUGAUAUGGAAUUUGAAAAAAUCGAUCUCUAGAGAAAUACAGAAUUUGUCAGAAUUUUUUUUGAUGUGGCUAAUAAUUCUAGAAAUUUUCAAAUCUAAUUUCUAAAAUAAAAUAUAAUCCGAAAUCUGUAAUCGUUAUUGCAAACUUGCAUUAAGAAUUUAAAAAAAAACUUUAAAAAAAAAACCACUAAAAAAUAUUUCUUUAAACUUUUUCCCCAGUCAUCGAAAAGUUCUCCGCCAAAAUCACCUUUCACUCAUCAACACACACAUUUUUUUACCAAGCAAUCUUUGUUUCAAAGCUUUUGUGAAUGCUCUUCACUCUUUCUCUGUGUCUCCCAUUUUUCUUUCUCUCUCUCCUAAAAAGUCCCUUUUUUGUUAACAACUCGUUUAGAAAUCUCGAAGAAAGGUAAAAAGGCUUCUUCCGGUUUCUUUUCUUUUUUUGCUGCGCCACACAAAAACCUCGAUUUUUCAUUGUUCGAAGCGAAGAAAAAUUGGCUUGUUGUUUUUUUGCGCCCAUUUUUUUCACCUGGAUUAGAAAUGAGAGAGGAUAUACGAUUUUCGACUAAUCCCACUCUCAAAAUGAAAAAUUUUGCCAUUGAUUAGCUUUUUUGCGCAGAUUUUUUGGCUUUUGAAAAAAAAUCUAAUUUAUCACCUCAAAAAAACAACAAAAGCAUGUUGAAAAUUUGUCACCUUGACAACCCUGGCGCGAAAAAGUGCGUGAGAGCCCGCCCAAGAAGCAUGAUCAUUUUCAGACUCACUAUUUUUUUCCGAGCUUGACUUGUCAUCUUAUUUUUCUCUAUCUCGCUCUCAAAUGAAAAAUGUAUAUGUUUUCCGUGUUCUGAUGUAAAAGAUGCGACUUUUUCUCGAGAAUAUAUAGUUUUUCUGGAAUUUUUCACGCAACUCACAAAAUGUCGUUGCCCGAAAUUUUUUCAACAGCCAAAAAUACAGAAAAAAUCCUUCAAGUCUUCUUCCCUUGUGAACUCUUUAGUUUUAGUUGCUCAACCCUAAUUUUGCUCACUUUUUCCUUUUUUUUUUUGCAUGUCGCCGCUGCCGCCAACACUAAUCAUCGAAGUGCAUUUCUUCUAUUUUUUUCAGAUUCUUCUUUUUUUUCCUUCCCCUACUUUUCUACGUUUUUUUUUGCAUUUUUUGCACCUAAUUCAAUUAGUCGCCUUUUUCCUUUCCAUUGAGUUCUUCUGUUUUUUUCCCUCCAUUUUUUCACCUACCGUACUUGACUGAUGUGUGUGGAUUUUUGUUGUUGGUUCGAACAUUUUUUAUUUUUUCCAAUUUUCCCACCUUUAGUUUUUUUUCGAACCUUUAGAAGCUUUUGUGUGAAGCAUUUUCAAUAUUGUUAAGUAUUCACGAAAAUAUAUUUUCAAAAAAAAUCUAAAGAAAUCCUAAAUUUAAAUUUUCUCAGAUAAUCGACGAAAGGAGGAAGCUGAAAUAACUGCAUUAAUCACUUCGAGUUUGGGACCAAAAACCACUCUAAAAUCAGCGCCUUUUAAUCUGCAUCCAGUUCGACCGACAACACCAUUUGGAAUUAUUUCAACAACACAAGUCACGAUGCAAGAUACACAAAAUGGCGAAUUUCCGCGAACUCCACUUAUUAUGUGCUCGAGUUUGGCUGUGAUAUUUGCGAUUGCAGCUGUUGUGUUUUUCGUGUUCAAAUGUAGACAAAAUCCGCCGAAUUCCGAACAUUAUACAAUGGUGAGUGGAAUUGAAUUGAAUUAUUUAGUUAUGAGAAAAUUGAUCAUUGAAAACCUUGUUUUCGAAUUGGAAAGAAUACCGAAUUUUUUUAUCAUUGGAAAAUAUUUCGGAUUUUCGGUUCUCGAUUUUGAGAGGGAGUUGAAAAGUUUAAUAAAAAUUAAUUGAUUUUUUCACGUGACCUUUUUAGAGAACCAAAUUUCAUUUUCGAAAACAAAUAUUUGAAAUUUUAUGAAGAUUUUUUAUUAGACUUCACAUUUGAAAACUUUGAAAUAAAGUACUCAGGAUUUUUUUAUUACAAAAUAUUAUUCUGCAUAGGCAAAUUAUCUAGAUCUCCUUUGAUUAUAAAUUCAAAUAAUCUUAUUUUCCAGGCUAUGAAAGCACAAUCAGGAUACACCGCAAUUGCUCCAGAACUUUCUCCCCCAAUGAACCACGAUCGAAAUAAUGAUAGUUGUACGCAGCCGCUGAUAGCAAAAACACACGUGAGUUACUAUCCAAAAAAGUUUCCACCUUCUCAACAUAUUUUUUCUUCAGAUCAAUGGAAAUGGCUAUGAACCAAUUAAAGGAUCAGUGAUAACAAAUGGAAAUGGUGCAACUUUAAUGAGAAAUGGAAAUGGACACGGACCACCAAGUGCGAAUAAUAAGAAAAAAGAUUUUAAAGAGUGGUAUGUCUAA